CGCUCCGGUUCCUAGGCGACGGGCGCUGGCGGAGAAGCACCAGGGCUGGUUGCGGGGGCGGACUGGAGAUCACUGUCAAAAGAAAGUGUGUGUGAGAGAGAGAGAGAGAGAGAGAUAGCGAUAGAGAGAAAAAAAAAGUUUCAGGGGGCGAGAGAGGCUUUUUAUUCGCGGCGUGGAGUAACUUUUUUAGACUACUCCUGUGACUUGCUGGGUGCAGACUGAGAGGAGAGCCGGCAACCAUGUCUCGCACGGAGGAUAUGCACCGAAUGACCGAGGGCGUUUACAAGACCAUUAUGGACCAGUUUAAUCCAAGUCUGAGAAACUUUAUCGCUAUGGGGAAGUCUUAUGAAAAAGCACUUUCCAGCCACAUGGGUGCAGAGAAAAUCUGGAUCAAGAAAGCUAGAACAGGUGUAUCCUUUGCAGCAAAAGGCUAUUUUGAGGCCCUGGUGAAAAUGGGUGAACUAGCCAGUGAAAGUCAAGCUUCCAAGGAGAUGGGAGAUGUUUUGUUCCAGAUGGCAGAGGUCCACAGGCAAAUUCAGAUACAGCUUGAAGAAAUGUUGAAAGUGUUCCACAAUGAGCUGCUGAUGCAACUGGAGCAGAAGGUUGAGUUAGAUGCCAAGUACUUAAGUGCCACUUUGAAGAGGUACCAGGCUGAACAUAAAGCCAAAUUGGAGUCUCUGGAAAAAUGCCAGGCAGAGCUGAAGAAACUUAGAAGAAAGAGUCAGGCAAGCAGAAAUCCUCAGAAGUAUGGAGACAAGGAAAUGCAGUAUGCAGAGACGAUAAGCAAAAAGCAAGUGGAUCUGGACAGCUUUGUUGGAAGUGGAUACAAAACAGCAUUGAGUGAGGAACGUAGGCGGUAUUCCUUUUUGGUGGAAAGGCAGUGUACGGUUGCCAAGAAUAACAUGGUGUACCAUAGCAGGGGCAAGGACAUGGUAACACAAAAGCUUCCUGGUUGGCAACAGGCUUGCAGCGACCCAUCCAAAAUUCCUGAUCAUGCAAUAUCAUUGGUGCAGCAGAUGUCCUCUGGCAACGGAGGAACACUUGCCUCUGAUCCUGCUGCCGCUGCCAAAUCGGGGAUAAUCAUCUCCGAUCCCAUUCCUGGUGCUAAACCUCUACCUGUACCACCAGAGCUUGCACCCUUCGUUGGAAGCAAUAUGGGUCACAAUGCUCGCAUGACAGGCCAGGAUGUUUCUGUAGUGCCUAAUGGUGACCUAUCCAACUCGCAUCAAGUGGGCUACCAGCAUCCUGCUCAACUGAAGCCACCGUCACCACCCCAACUUCCCAAACAGCAGGCUGAGGUCUACUCCAACACAUUGCCGACACGAAAAGCAAUGCCCUUGAAAGCCACCUCUUUGUUAGCCGAGAACAGGACUUUGCCCCGGUCAAGUUCAAUGGCUGCUGGGUUGGAAAAGAAUGGAAGGACCAAAGUGCAAGCUAUUUUUUCACAUCAGGCAGCAGGCAACAGUACGCUGCUAAGCUUUAGUGAAGGCGACGUCAUCACAUUAUUGGUUCCUGAGGCCAAGGAUGGCUGGCAUUAUGGUGAAAAUGAAAAGACACGAAUGCGUGGAUGGUUUCCCUUCUCUUAUACCCGUAUAAUGCAAGGUGGAAUGAACGACAUCUUACAUAAUUUGAACCAUGCAAAAAGCAGCAGCACAGGGAACCUUCUACAGAAAGAAGAUCUCUCCAUCCCUCCACCUGACUACAACUCUUCUUUAAGGAUGACUUCUCAUCCUACAUCCAGUACAAACGCUUUCAAACCCAGGCCCUACAGCGUGGCACUGCCAGGUUUCUCACAGGGUAUGGAUUUCGGUCAGUCAGGACUAUCAUUGAAUUCUGAUGCCGAAGUUGCAAGGUUCUGAAUUUAAACUACUGCCACAUUUAAGGCCUCUCUAGAUUAAGAAGCUGUUGCAAACAUCAAGUUAAGGCCAACCAAAACCAAUGACAGAUCACUUCCUGCAGUGAAGUGAGCACCAACCCCCAGAAGACUCUCACUGUUCACUUGCUGAUGGCAAAAGAUGCCAAAGAAGUCUUAAUCUGAAACUUCAUCUGCAUGAAGUAGUGACUUUAGACUAGAAUUGACCCAUCUGAAGACGGUUGCUAAAGUUACAGAUAUAUCCAAUGCACAUACAGAAAUGCCACUUUUAAAUCUGACCCAUCUUACUUCCAGCUUCAUACUUGAGGGAUUCUGUGGAGGGAAUUGUUGAGUGGUUAGGCUUUUGUAAGAUGUUUGUAAAUUAUGCAUGUGUUCAAGAAUUAGCAGUUAGUAUUUUUUUAUUAUAUACUUUGUACUAAUCAGCAUAUAAAACAAUAUUUUAUUAUCUGGCUUUUUGCAGGAGUUGGCUAAAAUGUUGACACUUUGUAGAAACUAGAAAACUGAAAUAUUGCCGGACCAAUUUAAAAAGUGUAUACUGUGUUCCUUUCCUUUUCAGGGAACAAAAGUGAAAUCAUAGGAUCUGUGUACGAACCAAUCUAACUUUUAUUCUGAGUUACCUCAGUUUGUUUAAACAUUUUAGUGGUCAUUAUUUGAAUCCUUGCUGUCACCUAUAACGCUUCCAUUUGUUUUGAAAAUAAUAAGUUCUCUGGUGGUGGCAAGGGUCUGAUGAAAGAAAAAAUUAUACCCUUUUGUAGAACUUUCUGCAUUUCCCACUUACAUCUGAAGCACAGUGUACAUUUGUCAGUUUAUUUCACGCCUGUAGUGCUUUCUUUUCAAUUUCUUACUGCCAAUCAAUGGUGGACAGUCAGUCCAAUGAGUAAAUAAGUCUCUAAAGUUCCUUAAAAUGUAGAGUAAAACUGUAUCCUCAAAGAAAUAAGAGAUGAAGCGGAGAGCUGCAUUUUUUGCUCUUCUGCUGAGUUCAAAGUUCAGAAUGGGAGGAAGCCAUGUAAUUAUUGUCCCAUUAUAUAUUAACAGCAUUGCUUCAAAAUGGGGAGAGAAAUUGUGAAGUAUUGUUUUUUCCAUGAGAAAAUGCAAUAAACAUUUGCAGGUGUGGGAUUCACACGAGUUGAUGGUCACUUCAGUACAGCUGUGGUGAAUCACUUGUGUUUUGUAAUGGUCUGUGGUACAACGAUUGAUUAGACACUGAGAUAAUCAGUAUUAUUAAAGCAAGAUGAUACACUCUGUGAAUUAGUUUCUUCUAAUGAACAAAGUGUUCUGUAAUUUUUGAAAUGAAUGGUUAGUCAUAUUUUUUAAAAAUCUUGUUAAUAUAUAAUUCCCCUUAUUUUUGUCAUAUUCCAGAAAAUUUUAUUUUAGAUGUACAAUGCUAAAACAAUUUGAAGAAUGGAAUGUGUUAUCAUAACAAAAGGAGCAGACUGUUGACAGACAGUUGGAAUGAAGAAUUAAAUGAAAUGUCCAAUACUCUGUGGGUAGUUUUUAGUAGAUUAGGUAGUUUUAGAAAUUUUCUAGUGAAUUUAAUUGUUCACUUUGGUUUGUUCUCACAAAGUGGUGUAGGUAAUAAAGCAGAAAUAACCAAGGUUAAACUCUUGUUGAGAGUAGUUGUUGUGAAGUAAUGAAUAUCCAAUCUAACCUGUGCUGUUUCACAUUUAUAUUUAUUUUGAUAACUUAGCACUUCAAAACUUACCAGCCUCUCUUACUCUGUUCUAUUCUAUUGUAAAAGUACACCUACCUGCCAUCCCAAUGAAGUAAAGCUCCUGUAUAAGGUGGCCACUUCUUUUCAGUUCUGCAUUAACCAGUCAUGCCUUUUGGCUUUAUUACAAGAAUGUGGUUUAAUUUGUGCCUUUCAUUCUACAUAAGCUUUAAAAUGUACUAAAAGUCUUGCUGGGAUGGUUGACGUAAUCUGUACUGCAUUGCAGAUUUCUGUAGCUGCCAUUUUCAUAAAUCACCAUGUUUUGUGAUUUAAAAUGACCUAUGUAGAGCAUAUUCCUGAUAACAAAAAAAAUGAUUUUGAUAGUAACUUAUGCAAAAUAAAAUUGAUUCACCAUUUAAGAAA